UUCAAUCAACUGACUGUUUCCAUACAAACAAACAGCAGUCUGGGCAUGGACAAAGUUCCUUAGAUAACCCCUUGUCCAUCCUUAUUUUAUUUCUUAUUUCAUAUUUAUCAAGCGAUUAAUUAAGGUUUUUUUUAAGCUCAAGAAAACAGUAUUUUAUCAGUUUUGCACCGGGACAGAUUGUCAAACUGUGGAUUUACAGCUAGCCAAACGAGCUAGCUGGCCAAGUGGAUUUCCUGACAUUACGUUCAACAGCAUCUGCUGCAUCUAUAUACUGUAAAUGGGGAACAGUGCUUUGAAAGCUCAUUUGGAAACAUCUCAGAAGACUGGAGUGUUUCAGCUGACCGGAAAGGGUUUGAUAGAGUUCCCAGAGGAGCUACAGAAGCUCACUGGAAACCUGCGGACAGUCGAUCUGUCCAACAACAAAAUCGAGGUGCUUCCUGCAUUCGUAGGAGGCUUCCAACAACUCAAAAGUCUCACCAUAAGUGGAAAUAAACUAAGCAGUUUACCAAAUGACAUCGGGAAACUCAAGAAGCUGGAGACUCUUGUUUUGAAUGGCAACCUGUUGAAGCAGCUUCCUGCAUCGGUGGGUCAGCUGAAGGCCUUGCGGACCCUCAACCUGUCUGGGAAUCGGUUUAAGGAAUUUCCCGGUGGACUCGGCUCGCUUCGUCAGCUUGAUGUUCUCGACCUGUCCAAAAAUCAAAUCCAGGUGGUACCUGCAGAGGUCGCCGAACUGCAAGCCAUUGAAAUCAACCUCAAUCAGAACCAGAUAUCAACCCUGUCUCCAGAGGUGUCUAGUGCUCCCAGACUGAAGGUCUUGCGUCUUGAGGAGAACUGUCUGGAGCUCACCUCUAUUCCCAUCUCUAUCCUCAAAGACUCCCAGUUGUCCUUGCUUUCCGUGGAGGGCAAUCUGUUCGAAGUUAAAAAGUUACGUGACCUGGAAGGGUAUGAUAAGUACAUGGAACGUUUUACUGCAACAAAGAAGAAAUUUGCUUGAAGAGUUUGAGGCCUCCUCUAGUGCUGGUCCUCGGCGCUGGGCUUACUUUAGAGAAGUUACAGCUGUGACUGCAGUUGUAACUGGUUUGGCAGGAUUGGAAUGAAGACUGGAAGAAUGGCCAGGACUGCUUCAAAAGUCUGUAGAACUACGGCUCUGAGACCACAGCCCUGCUGAUCAUUACCCUAAGAGUACAGAGAGAAACUGUAUGUGCAUUACACUUUCUUUUGUGAGGAAAAUAGUGCUGACUCAGCUUUAUGAGACUAUUUACACUGGUUUAUUGUAUAUUCAAGCACACUAAUGCCAGGUCUAUUUAUAGAAAGUAUGUCCUUCACAGGUGAAUAUAACAACUAAUAAAUUGUACGUCUUGUACCCUUAAAAGUAUAUGCUAUUGCUUAGAAUUUUAUUUUAAUGCUUUAGAGUUAGAAGACAUUUUGUAGCCAGUAAACCCAUGAAUGAUUUUGUUUGCCCCUUCAUUAGUUGAUUGGAACAUUUGUUUGGAGGAAUGUUUUGGGCAUCAGUGAGCUAAUAAGUGGUAAUCCAUUAUAGUAUUUUGAUUGUCCUUCAUAAUAGUGAUCUCAACAUUUCCGUUACAGAUUAUUUGCUCAACGUUAUUUAUGAAUGAACCAUUUUUAAUUAGAUCAAAGGCUGCAAAAGAUUCUUAAUGUUAAUUACUGUCCAUUAAAUAAAUGCCAGUGUAUAUUUAUAUGCACCAUGAAUGCAAUAAAUGUAUUGUUUUACACUUGUAUUUAUUUGUACAUGCUGCACAUAUUUUUUCCCAUCUUCAAGGUGCAUAACUCGAAAUACAUUUUAGUUAAGGAUAAUGUAGUUUGAUGCAGCUUUUGAGACUUUGCUAUGGCUCUGUUGAAUUAAUCAUUUCUUUCUUUCAUGCCUACAGUGUGUUUAUCUUCUAAAGCUUUCACACUUGAAUGUUUCUUGCAGUGAAUCUAUGCACAUUCAUGUAAAAAAAAAUUUUUUUUAAACAUCAUGAUUUAAAUGUUUUUGGUAUGUUGUGUAAUCAAAAUUUUAACAUAUUAACAAAAAUGGUCAUGAGUGGCUCUUAUUGAAUCAGACCAGUGUGACAUUGGUAAAAAAAAUUCUUGUACUUUUAAUGUACUGCAUCGCCUUAAUAAUUGUUCUUUGUCACAGCAUUUACCCUCAAAAUAAAGAUUGCAUUGUAUUAGAAUUGUCAUGCAAUUGUAAACAAAACUGCAUCUGAAUUUUCCCCCUGUGGAUUAAUAAAGUACAUCUAUCUCUGUUUA